AUGGCAAUCGUCGGCUGGUUUGAUCGGCUUCGUGGCCAGGCCACAUGGAACAAUGGGAAUGCGCAAGACCCUCCUUCCCUUAAAUACCCUGAAUCUACCGUCAUCUCUGCCUCUGGUACCGGUUUUCCUGCUUCUCCUACUUCAACUGCCUCGACUGCUUCAACUGUGGUUGGUACUCCGACCGACAACGAAAAGGCCAUGACUUUGGAGAAACUUCCUCAAGAGUUCGGUCGGCUGGGUUCUUGGAGAGGUGCCUUGAUCUUGCUGGUCACGUCGGGCUCCCAAUUCCUGGAUAAUGUUUUCAUGACCAGUUCUAAUAUGGCGUUGGCAUCGAUCCAAGAGGAGUUUGAUGUGUCGACUACGAACCUGCAAUGGAUGAUUUCUGCAUACACCUUGACCUUUGGAGGUUUCCUUCUUUUGGCUGGAGCUUUGUCCGAUCGCCACGGGCGAAAGCUGAUUCUCUGCCUUGGUCUACUAUGGCUUUCCAUCUGGACAUUGGCCAUUGGCUUCGGCCAGUCAUUCAUUCAGCUCACGGUCUUUCGUGGUAUCCAGGGCGUUGGAGCUGCCAUGACAGUCCCUUCCGCUAUUGGAAUUAUCAGUUCCUACUUCACUGGUACUGAUCGCACUCGCGGUCUGUCGAUCUAUGCCGCCUCAGGGACAUUGGGCUUCUGCGCCGGUCUUAUCCUGGGUGGCUUCCUUACCACUUCCUUGGGCUGGAGAUACAUCUACUACAUUAUCGUCAUUAUGACUGGUGCACUAUGCACCCUGGGGCUGAUUAUUCUGCCCAGUGACCGAGCACCCAAGGCUGAGCAGCCUAAAAUGGAUUACUGCGGUGCAGUUCUAUCAACUGUUGGCCUGAUCCUUCUUCAAUUUGUUCUUUCCAGCGGCAGUGUUUACGGCUGGGACAAACCGUUCAUUAUCGUGAUCCUUAUUUUGUCAAUUGCCCUUCUCGUCGCAUUCGUUCUGCUUGAGAAGUAUACCGGCAACCCUCUCAUGCCAUUGUCCCUGUGGAAACUUCCCAACUUCGCAGGCCUCUGGAUCGCAGGCUUCACCUGCUAUGGAAGUUACCAGAACGUCAUUUAUUACAUUGUAUUGAUAGCGCAGGAAGUGGACAAGCUUUCUGCAGGCGAAACCGCCCUUCGCUUCUUGCCCAUGGGAGUCAUUGGCUUCAUCGCUUCCAUGGGAACAGGCAAGCUGCUCGAAUACACGAACGGGAAAUACACACUUCUCAUCGGCCUGGUGCUUACAGUAUUGGCACCGAUCCCGAGCGCCCUGACCGUGAUCGGAACGACUAACUUCUGGGUAAACAAUCUUGCAACCUCACUCAUCAGUAUUUCCGCGGUUUCCUUCAUCUUUGUUACGACCAGCACAACCAUCCUGACCAGUGUCCCUGUCGAAGUCAAGAGCCUGUGCGGCGGAAUGCUUAACACUGCAUUCCAAAUUGGUUCAGGUGUCGCGCUGGCUAUUUCUGCUGCCACCACAGAAGCAGUCGACAUCAAGAAAGGGCACGAGCUCGACCAACAAUACUCAACGGGUCUCUGGUGCUCCUCGGGCCUUGCAGGACUCGGUCUCAUAAUUGGCUGCUUCGCCGUCCGAAGAAGGGGAAUUGGUCCGAAAGAUCGAGCGGAAGGAGACGAUGUGGCAAUUUGA